AUGCCGCAGAAGAAGGACAAUGUCAUUUUCUACCGGGCCCGACGGUCCGGAAAGCUGGAACUGAGGGUGGGGAACACCUCGGAUUCAGAGCUCAGCAGGAAGUGGGACCGGUGCUUGCCAGAUGCCGUCGGGAAGAUAGGAAGAAUGUGGCCAUUAGCCUUUGGUUCUGGAAUGGGGUUGGGAAAGGCCUGCUCCAACUGUCAGCAUGAUUUUCAGGUUCCAUAUCUUCUACAUGGAAAAUAUGUCAAAGAGCAGCAGCAGUGA